UUAGAGAGAGAAAGAAACCUAAAACCCUGCUCUCCCGAUGGCGGUGGCGAACGGCGGCGCCUCCCGGCGCUCGCGGCCGAACGUGUUGGUGACGGGGACUCCGGGCACGGGGAAGACGACGACGUGCUCCCUCCUCUCUGAAGCUGCGGGUCUCCGCCACGUCAACAUCGGCGACCUCGUCCGCGAGAAGAGCCUCCACGACGGCUGGGACGACGACCUCGAGUGCCACGUCAUCAACGAGGACCUGGUCUGCGACGAGCUUGAGGACAUGAUGGAAGAAGGUGGUAUACUGGUAGAUUACCAUGGAUGCGAUUUCUUUCCGGAGCGUUGGUUUGACCUAGUAGUUGUGCUCCAGACUGACAACUCAAUUCUGCAUGAUCGCUUGACCAGCAGAGGUUAUACGGGUUCCAAGCUCUCAAACAACAUAGAGUGCGAGAUCUUCCAAGUGCUCCUGGAGGAAGCGAGGGAGAGCUACAAAGAGGACAUUGUGACGCCCUUGCGAAGCGACAAUGUGGAGGAUAUUAGUAGGAAUGUGGGUACAUUGACAGACUGGGUAAACAACUGGAGACCAUCCUGAUGAGUUAGUUGACAUGUUAAACCUAUGUGGUGCCCUUGGGGUAGUGCUGCCUCCGAAAAGAAAUGUUAUUGACUUCGAGCAUAUCCUCUGUGUAUUGACUUGUAUUGUUUUAACAACCGGAGACCAUCCUGAUGAGCUAGUUGACCUGUUAAACCUAUAUGGUCUGCUAGGGGAAGUGCUGCCUCCGAAAAGAAAUGUUGUUCACUUGAAUUAUAUGCUUUAUGUUGAUUUGUAUAUUGUUUUAUAACAAGAUGUUUUUCUUCUAA